CGGCGGGGCGGGCGCUCAGCAGCCGGAGGACGCCGGGCUGCGGGGAGGCGGCUCCGCAGCGCCCAGGCAGGCACCCCAAGGGAAACGGCUCCUCGUCCUCCUUUUCUGCUCUCCGUUGGGAUUUGAUUGGAAUCAGCUCUGAGCCUAUUGAGGGAAAAAAAAAAAGAGAAAAGGACUGGGAAAAAAAAAAAACAAGGCAAACCAAGCCCACCCCAACCAUGUUGUGCGGAAGGACUUCCACUCCCCGGCUGUGCUGCUGAGGUUGAGGCAUCGGGAAGAGCCUUUGGGGGUGCAGGAGCUGCCAGGCUGAUGCUGCUGCUCCAGGGUUUGGUGCAGGGGGAGGAAACUGCUGCCUCUGCCAUCCGCUGAGCCUCCCAACAUCUGCAUUUUGCUGCUGCUCGCCUCCCUCUCACACCCUGUCUCCAUGGACUGAGUGAUUAUUUUUUUAUAUAUACUCUUUUUUUUUUUUUUAAGUCAUUUCGUUUUCCCUUUUUCUGGGGGGGGAAAAAAAAAUCAAGGAUCUCGCAUUGAGAGGAGCGAGAUUGCGUUUGUGUCUUGCGUUGGGGUGGGUCUGGGCUUGAGGUUCAUCUGUUUUUUGGAGAAGAAAACAUGACGUCGCCGGCAAAAUUCAAAAAGGAUAAGGAGAUCAUAGCUGAAUAUGACACUCAAGUUAAAGAGAUCCGUGCCCAGCUGGUAGAGCAGCUGAAAUGCCUUGACCAGCAGUGUGAGCUUCGGGUCCAGUUACUGCAGGACUUGCAGGAUUUCUUCCGCAAGAAGGCAGAGAUUGAGAUGGAUUACUCAAGAAAUUUGGAGAAGUUGGCUGAGAGAUUCCUGGCUAAAACUAGGAGCACCAAAGACCAGCAAUUCAAGAAGGAUCAGAAUGUGCUGUCACCAGUCAAUUGCUGGAACCUCCUGCUCAAUCAAGUGAAGCGGGAGAGCAGGGAUCACACCACCUUAAGUGACAUCUAUCUCAACAACAUCAUCCCGCGCUUUGUCCAGGUCAGCGAAGAUUCGGGGCGCCUGUUCAAGAAGAGCAAGGAAGUGGGAUUGCAGCUCCAGGAAGACUUGAUGAAGGUCUUGAAUGAACUCUACACGGUGAUGAAGACCUACCACAUGUACAACGCUGACAGCAUCAGUGCUCAGAGCAAACUGAAAGAGGCAGAGAAGCAGGAAGAAAAGCAGAUUGGGAAGUCAGUGAAACAAGAAGACAAGCAGACGCCACGCUCCCCUGACUCAACUUCCAACGUCAAGUUUGAAGAAAAACACGUUCGGCGAAGCUCUGUCAAAAAAAUAGAGAAAAUGAAGGAGAAGCGCCAAGCCAAGUACACAGAAAAUCGACUGAAGGCUAUUAAGGCGAGGAACGAGUAUCUGCUGGCUCUGGAAGCCACCAAUGCAUCCGUGUUCAAGUAUUACAUCCAUGACCUGUCUGAUCUUAUUGAUCAGUGCUGUGACCUGGGAUACCACGCUAGCCUCAACAGAGCUCUCAGGACAUUCUUGUCGGCUGAGCUAAACCUGGAGCAGUCAAAACACGAGGGUCUGGAUGCCAUUGAAAACGCCGUGGAGAACCUGGAUGCCAACAGCGAUAAGCAGCGCCUGAUGGAGAUGUACAACAAUGUCUUCUGUCCACCCAUGAAGUUCGAGUUUCAGCCGCACAUGGGUGACAUGGAGUCACAGCUCUGUGCUCAGCAACCUGUCCAGAGCGAGUUGGUGCAGAGGUGUCAGCAGCUGCAGUCCAGGUUAUCCACGCUGAAGAUUGAAAAUGAAGAGGUGAAGAAGACUAUGGAAGCCACGCUCCAGACAAUCCAGGAUAUAGUCACGAUAGAGGACUUUGAUGUCUCUGACUGCUUUCAGUACAGCAACUCGAUGGAGUCUGUUAAAUCCACUGUCUCGGAAACGUUCAUGAGCAAACCGAGCAUCGCCAAGAGACGGGCCAACCAGCAGGAGACGGAGCAGUUCUAUUUCACAAAAAUGAAGGAGUACCUGGAAGGCAGGAACCUGAUAACGAAGCUCCAAGCCAAACACGACCUCCUUCAGAAGACGCUGGGAGAAAGUCAGCGGACUGACUGCUCCCUUGCCAGCGGCAGGCGCAGCUCCACCGUGAGGAAGCAGGACUCCUCACAAGCCAUUCCCCUGGUUGUGGAGAGCUGUAUACGGUUCAUCAGCAGGCACGGUUUGCAGCAUGAAGGAAUAUUCAGAGUGUCUGGGUCACAGGUUGAAGUGAAUGACAUAAAAAAUGCAUUUGAGAGAGGGGAAGAUCCAUUGGCUGGGGACCAGAAUGACCAUGACAUGGAUUCAAUAGCAGGAGUUCUGAAGCUCUAUUUUCGAGGGCUGGAGCAUCCUCUCUUCCCCAAGGAUAUCUUUCAUGAUCUGAUUGCCUGUGUCACAAUGGAUAAUUUACAAGAGAGAGCGCUCCACAUCCGGAAGGUGCUGCUAAACCUGCCCAAGACCACUCUGAUUGUAAUGAGAUACCUCUUUGCAUUCCUCAAUCACUUAUCUCAGUUCAGUGAAGAGAACAUGAUGGAUCCCUACAACUUAGCCAUCUGCUUUGGGCCGACGCUGAUGUCGGUGCCUGAAGGUCACGAUCAAGUCUCUUGCCAAGCUCAUGUCAAUGAAUUGAUCAAAACCAUCAUCAUCCAACAUGAGAACAUCUUCCCAGGACCAAGGGAGCUGGAGGGCCCAGUCUAUAGCAGAGGUGGAAACACCGAGGAUUACUGUGAAAGUCCUCACGGAGAGAGAGCCUCAACAGAAGACUCCGUUCAGGACGUUACAGCUGAGCACCACACCAGUGAUGAUGAGUGUGAGCCCAUAGAAGCGAUAGCGAAGUUCGACUACAUUGGCAGGACUGCACGAGAGCUGUCCUUUAAAAAAGGAGCUUCUCUCUUACUCUAUCAGCGGGCCUCAGAUGACUGGUGGGAGGGACGCCACAAUGGAAUUGACGGCCUUAUUCCUCAUCAGUAUAUCGUCGUUCAAGACACUGAGGAUGGUGCCUCUGAAAGAUCCAGUCCAAAGUCUGAAAUAGAAAUAAAUUCUGAGCCACCAGAAGAAAAAGUGACCGCUAGAGCUGGCGCCGGUUGCCCGAGUGGGGGUCACGUCGCAGAUAUUUACCUCGCAAACAUCAACAAGCAAAGAAAGAAACCAGAGUCAGGCAGCAUCAGAAGAGCCUUCCGUCAAAGUGACAGCCACGGACUAGGUAGUUCAAUGGCAGAACCCGCCUCCCCAGGAGCCAUAGCCGGUUCCAGACCCUCAUCUCAGCCCAUUAUGAGCCAAAGUCUUCCCAAGGAGGUUCCAGAUAAAUGCUCCAUCAGUGGCCACGGCAGCCUCAAUUCUAUCAGCCGACACUCGUCUCUGAAGAACAGGAUAGACAGCCCACAGAUCCGGAAAACUGUGACAGCAGGGAGGUCCAAGAGCUUCAACAACCACCGGCCCAUGGACCCUGAAGUUAUUGCACAGGAUAUUGAAGCUACUAUGAACUCUGCUCUGAACGAGCUGCGGGAGCUGGAAAGGCAAAGCAGCGUGAAGCACGCACCAGAUGUUGUUCUCGACACUCUGGAGCCUUUGAAAACGUCUCCAGUGGUGGCCCCCACCUCUGAGCCUUCCAGCCCUCUGCACACUCAGAUCCUCAAGGACACUGAACCGGCUUUCCAGCGCAGCGCCAGCACAGCCGGCGACAUUCCGUGCACCUUCAGGCCAGUGAAGUCUGUUAAAAUGGCCACCCAGGUGAAACCUCCGGCAACUCGGCCGAAGCCAACAGUUUUCCCCAAAACAAACGCCACAAGCCCCGGCGUCGCCUCCUCUGCAUCUCAGCAGCCUCCUGACAAGUCGUGUACUGUCUGAUAAACUUGAUGCUGCUCUGUGGAUAUAACUGUGUUGUUUCAGAUGAAGAGACUCUGUUAAAGACGUUAAAAUUCCUAUUUAACUAAUUGUUUUGAACUUGUGCUGAAGGUUAGUUGGGAACUGCUGCUUACUACUGGGAGUAAACUCAGUGGUAACAACCUCGUCCCCGGUACCUGCAUCAGUGAUGUGCGUAAGGCAGAACAGAUGCCACGCUUAGGAAAUCCGAUAUCGGGUCACUGUGAAGCUGAGCAGGAACACACAGAGAAAGCGAUGAGUUGGAUCUUGGUUUCUAGUUGAUGCCUUGUUCCAAGUGUUUGGCCGCUGAACGAAAUAUUUAGUGGCCUGAUGUUUUGAAUACUGGUGUAGUGACUUCUAUAUUCUGUGUUUCAUUUAUCACAGGGAAACAAUAGAAUAGAUUUUAGUCUAUUGCAUGUUUUGGUGCCACUGGUUACGUGGAGCUUGGACAUGCCUGUUUCUUGUGCAUUAUUAUGACUAUUCUGUUGCCCGCUGGUGCCACGGUGGUUAAGGGUCUGUCUCGACUUCCAUCACAUCCUCUGGUUUUGUUUGUUUGCUUCCCGUGUUCCUCCCCCCAGGGCCAAAACUCUUGGCCAUCCAGCCUCAUCCUUUAGUCGACACUUGUCAUGAAAAAUAGUUUACUCUGGAACGCUCUUAGAUUUUGUGGAGUUAAACGUAAUAUGUGUCUGUGCAAAUAUAAACAAACGUGUUCCUGAGGUUUAGGAGCAUAAGAGAGAGCCCAGUUGUUGCUUAUGGACAAUCUAGCUGUUUUCCCCCUUUGCUCUCCCCUAUUUAAAAACAGCUUUAUUGGUUUUCAGUGUAAUUUUCAGCCCAUAGGCUCUGAUGUGGUGUGUGGUCUCGGGAGGCUGAAUGUAAAAACGAGUUAACUUUUGGAAACUAAGCAUCCUGUGAUGGGAGUUCAUUUACUAACGCACACGUUCUUGUUUUGACCACGUAUCAAGAUGGAUCCUUACCAAAAUCCCAGUUACAAGCACUGUAAAGACUUCAAUCCAAAGUUCUCAAGCUUCCUAUCUUCUCCCUCUUCCUGGUUGCAAACGCUUCGGCCGGUGGCCGUGCCUGCCGUGAACGGCUUUAGGCAUCUCCGCUCUCAUAGAGCGGGAUGGGAAACGCUGCUGGGACGGGGCCGUGACAGCAUGCAGCUUCUGGAGUGGCUUCCCUACGCGUUCCUUGGUAGCCUGGCAUGCCUCCCUAGGACUCCGCGGACGUGUGAAUGAAGUCUUAGUAUUUGUAUUUAUAUGGUAGGCAGCAAGUGCUUCAGCCGCUAGCAGGCUGCAGGAACUCUUCGGUACUCGACUGAGAACUUCCCACAACCUAAUAUUUAAAAUAAAUUUAAUAAAAACCAAUUUAAAACUGAAAGGCAUGCGCCGCUUCCAACAGCAAAGAAGAUCUCGCAGUCCUGCAAGAGAGGAGACUCUGGCUGACCCUCCGUUCACCUUGUUCCCAAACUCUUCUGGGAUUUAAAUAAAGCUGCACAUCUUAUUUUUAUCAUCGUCUAAAUUCAGGCAAGGACAAGAUAAGAAAAGACUUUUUUUCUCCCAUUUAACUGAGUUUCUUUUUAAAUUUGUGGGUUUCUCACAGUUGCGCUUCCUUGUGACUGCAACGUCCUCUUAAUUGGCACUUAGCAAUUAAAAAAGAAGAAACGAAACUUAACAUUUUUGAGAACAGUUCCUGAAAUGUACUUUUCUGGUUCAUUUCGGAUGUUACUUGGAGAAAUGAAUAGGGCUUUACUGCAUCCCUGUCCAUCCCCGCAUGCACACCCCCAUCGCUGCAGAAAGAAUUAACCAUAUUAAUGAUGGUGUUUAGAAACGGCAGCUUUCUCUGUGCCCUAAAUUAAGAACAUCUGAAAACUGGGGAAUGUAGAAAAGGUUUCGGUGAGAAUGCUCCUCGUCACUCAUUUCUCCGUAGCGGAUCUGUAGCACCAGUUCCCCUCGGGAAGCACCGCGGUACGUGUGUGACUGUCAACGGACCUCUCGCAGGGGAGAUCCCCAGCAGUGUGACCAGCGCCCUUUGCUCUCAGGUUCUGAUGGACUUCUACCACCGAGGAAUCUCUUCUUCUUUUGGGGAAAAAUACAAUUAAACUGGUAAUUUUUUGCUCAGGCAGAACUUUCUGGCAUUUACUUUAGGUAGGGAAUUUGUUUUCUUUUUGGUCGUGAAGACCGAAGUCAAUCUGUGUCAAGAGCAGGAUCUCUACAUUUACUCCGACUCAUUUGUAAUGCCUUAUUUUCUUUAUAUUUUUAUGCCUAGCAUUCAUGCUUCUAAGUGUCCAGCCACGCACAGCACAUUCGGAGGAGAUGCUCUUUUCUGUCUUCGAGGUCUGAAGUAUGAAUGGGAAUUCAGAGAUCAAAAAGACAUCAGGUUACUGUAACAGCAACCGUCUGUAUCUGAAUUACUGUGCUUAUCUCAAACAUCCGCAGCUCUGGGACAAUCCUACUGUCCAGGGGAAUACGCUUAGCGGGACAACCUGUAUCUGGAGCAGCUCAACUGGAAUUCUGGUGUGCACUGUGAUUGACACUUACCCUUACAGCAAGCAAUACGGCAGGCUGGAGAUCAUCCUUCCUCUUCCUCGCGCUCCAGCUCUGGCCAGCCAGCGGAAAAUUCACACACGCACACAGAUGGGAGAAUUAAAACCAGAAAAAGGAAACUUUUAGCUUGUCUGCUUCGCUCUGUGAACACAGAAGGCUGAGAGAACGUUUGCCACAAGUGUUUGAUGACCAGUUGUUGCAGGAGAGGUGGGAAGGAGGAACUGGAAAUGCCAGCUCUGCUCCCUGCAAAACUGGUGGGUGUCUUGUGGAAGACACCGAUGUGGAGAGGACAAGUACGACGCAGUGAUUUGCUUGGGGAGGUAUCCAUGUUACUUCAUAUCUUCAUAUCCAGAAGAAAUAUUAGCUCUUCCAUGGAAAUUCUUGACUUUUAUGUAAUGUUUGUGUCAAAUAUAAAGACAAGAAGUGUUGGAUAACUGGAAUAACGUAUGUCUGUUUGAUAGUGCUUUGUAUGAACAAAGGGUUCUUGUUCAUCAGGUGUUGGAUUGAAAUAAUCCAAAGUGAAACUUUUAAAAUAAAAUCCGAUUUUAGGUGAUCGUUCUUCAUAGUUUCUGAAGCUCUAACCAGUUAUGUUUUAUUUCCCUAAUUGGGAACUGAGCAGUGUGCUUUAACCAUUGCUAAAUUUCUGCCUCUCUAAGGUAAUCCAAAGGCUCGCAGUUCAUAAACGGUAGAUCUGCUCUUCGUGUCCAAGCAGUGAGACGCGACCAGACUCUCACUUUAUCCGUACUGGGUAUUUUGUUGCAAUGAAAAUGAUUAAAUAAUUAGAGUGCACUGUGACAGCAGAAAACAAAUCGUUGUUAUAUAUGUAUGUAUUUUGAUACCUGUUCAAAAAGAGUCUUUGGGUUUCCUGUGCUGAAUACCUCAUGUGUUGGGUUUGGGGGAGUGUUUGUUGCUUUAUUUUAAUUUGUUUUCUUUUUUUUUAAAGCAAGAUUGUUCUUGCACUGAAGUAGGUUAAGGUAACCGAGUUCUCAUAAAUUUAUUUACCGCUUUGGAACACUUCAGAGUUUGGCAAGAAGUUCUAUCUGUUCUAGUUCUCCACCUUGCACUUGGUCCAGAGCAAGCGGUCGCUCGGGUGUUCUCCUGCGCCCUCAGAAGAGCUCUAGCGAUAUUCAGACAAAGGAGGUUGUUGGAGAUGGAGUUUGCUGCCUUAUUGCUCUUCUUCUCUGUGUCAAAAUCUCAAAUUCAGUUGAACGUUGUAUAAGUUUGGGGGUUUAUAAAGCAUCUGAGGGCCAUUCUUCAAUAGAUGUAAAUGUUGCUAGGUAGCACUUCAGAUCCGUUAUAGACCUCCCAGACUGGAAUGCUCUCGCGUGAUGGAAUAGGUAUUGAGGGAGCGUUUAAAUGAGGCUGUGCUCCCAGCAGGGCAGAGUUUGCUGGUAAGGCAGCGGGUAGCAGUGGAGGAACACCGAUCAAGAAUGUUUGUCUGGCUCCUCUCUAGCACGUUGGUGAGCAGAGGAACCAGCUUUGCUCCCAUCCCUCCACGUGGCAGCAUACGGAGCUGGUGGAGUGGGCCGGCUUGAGGAGCCUGUGCUCGGCACGGUCAAGCCCCGACCGUACAGGGAUGUGCACAACUACAUUUGUCGCUGGCCUGGGAACCACGAGCUAGGAAAACUGCUUCAAGAACCGAAAUAACUGAGAGGAAAACAGAAGCCUUUGGGCACUCCCAUCACUCAUGAACUUGUCCAGAACAGAAAGCGAGUUUAAUGGGAUUGAUUGAUUUUGAGAUAUUUUUUAGUUUUCAUGGUUUAAAAAGCGUUUUUGUGGGCUUACCUGGUCGUGGCUGACAUCCCACAGAUGCAGCUGUAGACAGACCAGCUGGGUUUUAGCGGACUGGGAGCACCGAAGGUGUUUGGAGAAGGGAACAAUGUUGUCUCUUGUAGAUGGACAUCAUUCCCUAGGGGAUGCUGCCAGCCUCCAGGUCUGGGAAAAGGCCGAGCACUUGCUGGCGCUCUGGAUUGAACUUUGGGAUUUGCACUACCUUUCACUUCGGAAGAUAAUCCUCUCUCUGGAUCAGCUUUCCGCUUGUCUCUGUGUGUGUGUGUGACAGCCUGGUACUUGAAAAAAUACAGAAUACUUGACCCACUGCCCUGUGCCGCCGGGGCCGGGCUGCUCCGGCGCUGCCUCACGCACAACCGGCUGCCGGGAUGGCUUUAGUUACAGGUGAGUUAUUUUCCAGGUUUAUUUCUAGGAUUCUAUUUUGGUGGAUGUAGAGAUGCCAAAACAGCAAUUCAAGGCCUGGAAGAUAGGAGAUUUGUGGGGUUUUUCUUGUUAUUUUUUGUGCUUCCUGUAACGUAGUUGGAGACGAGAGUUAUUUCUCAAUGAUGGGCCAAAAAGAGGUGAAGGUGGAGAGGGAGGCAGCUCCCGACUGCACUGAUACUUGAUUCAACAACCUAAUACAGGGUAAAUACUUAGCAGUUUGCAAUGGAAUAGUGAGUGGACCCUUCCUGUUAAAGGCACUGUAGUAACCUUACUUCUGAAGUGGACUUCACCACCUUUUUGAAUACCUGAAGUCCAGUAGGAUUAGUCUUGUGAGUGUGCCAAACUGCCGGAGCAAUACUUGAGAGCAGCAGGUUCUUCGGAAAACCAGCUCGAUGGAGCCCAAACAGAGCAAUUGUUGAAACCAUCUCCGUCGUGUUGGAAGGAUGGCAGGGAUGUCCCUGAUCUCUUGUCACGUAGGAAGGCUCGGUUCCGAGGUCUGGUUGGUUCCUCUCUUGGUCUGAAAGCUCAGUCCUGCAGCGGUGGGCUUGAGCGGUGCAUUGGGAUUUGGAUUAUUAACAGCAGUUGUUUAAUGGUGGGGUGGAAUGUUCUUGCUAAAGCGUUUCCAUUGUUUCGUGUCUUCUACACCAAUAUAUAUACGGUGUAUAUAUUAAACUGUGUAAAGUUGUACUUUGUACAUACAACUGUACAAUAUGGAGGUACAGCCCAACCCCCCCCCCUUUUGGUACAGUAUUGUACAGUAUUAAAUGUGUUGGAAAUGUUAAAUCCUUACUGGGGCAACCAAGUGUAUCCAUUGUCAGUAGCAAUAGUUUUGGAGAAAUAAAUGU